AUGUCGCUACCAAUUCUUGUUAAUGCUUGGAAGACUACCUUGAUCCACGCCGAAUCAAAGGUUAAUGAAGCGGCACAUCGGAGAGGCGCAGAUAUUAUUAUGAUUGAGCAAGCGUUUCAAAAUCGUCCCGGGGCCGACCACAUAUGGAGGCCUGAGAUAGAUAUGGUCCUACCCGAUACUCCGGAUACUGUUAAAGCUGAUGCUGUCGCAUCAUUAACCCUGCCGGAAGAAUGGUCAAGUUUUCUGAAACAAAUUUAUAACCAAUACGUGUUCUCAUGGACAUGGACCGUAGAAUUGAUCGAUCUGCCAGAGUCGACUGUCACAUUUAGCUUCGAGGCGAAAGUGGACGACUUCAAAGUUGUGUUACGUCAAGUCCAACUUACCAUAUUUUCAAGCCAGCUGCAUAGACGGGCUCUCGGUCUCGAGGACGGACCAGUAUUUGGUGCUACUUUCAACAAGAAUAUUCUUCGGUUUUAUGUGUCAAACUGGGAGAAUGACACAGUGGAUAAAGAAAAUCACAAAGGUCUAGACGAAAACGAUCCCGGCGAAGUAGAGGCAGAAGAAGCAGAUGAAGACGAUGUGAGGACGUGGCCGCGUCUGCGGGCGCGGUUUCGUCUACUGACGUGA